CGCUCACUCACCAACAUCUACCAAAUGGAGAAUUAGAAAAUCCGAAUUGUGGAAAUGGAGGAUGCUCGAAAACGUUUAUUGUGUUUUUACGUUUUGUUAUUUUGGAGUCUGCAUGCAGUUUACGUCUUUGGAAUGAUGCCUAUGGCAAACGAUUAUGAAUGGAGCACGUGGGGCAACUGGUCCGACUGUGAAAACAAGCUUACGGGUUCGAAUCCGUGCUACGGACGGCAGAAUCGCACCCGGUCCUGCUACUGGAACCCUGCAUUAAAUUCUCCAAAUCAAACGUGUGAGGGAGAUUGUACCAACAUAACAAAUCCGAACUGCACGUGCACUCCUUUUGACCAAUAUGCUGUUCAGCCGGACAGUAUGUGUAUUGAUGGCGGAUCAUCAAGUAGGCAUCAAGACGUCCCGUGCCCGCUCACUGUUGAUGGUGGUUGGUCAGACUGGAUCAACAUCUCGUGCAGUGUCUCGUGCGGUAGUGGUCAAUUCCACAGGUAUCGUACCUGUGACAACCCAAGUCCGUGUAAUGGCGGACAAAAUUGCAUUGGAAACGACACAAUGGUACUCCCGUGUCAGCAACCGACUGUUGAUGGAGAAUGGUCAGAAUGGGGCAACUGGUCAAGAUGCUCAGUGUCCAUUGGAACAGGAAGCACGACAAGAGUGAGGACUUGUGACAACCCGCCUACCUGUGAGGGAAUAUUUUGUGUAGGGGAAAGCAACCAAACAGAAGAGUGUGAAGUUUUACCUACAUGUUUCAGCAACAAUGUAUUGGAUCCAUUAUACUCCUCCAUUGACAACCCGAUGUCUAUCUACAUUGCUGCUAAUUUCGACAUAUACUCUAUCGUUCAGAUAUACUACCAGGAUAUAUAUUGCAAAAGACAAAAUCUCUCUCCUUACUAUGUUUGGAAUGUUUACUACAGCCCAACGUCAUCCAGCAAUGAAACGCACAUCCUCCACACGACAGAGACGAACCUUCCCUUCUCCGCCAGCGAGUUAGGGUUGUAUAGAGUUGUCCUGAGGGUGCACUAUCGUGGUGGAUCGCCGAUCUGGCUGGAAGAUGAAAUGUACAUCAGUGUAUCAUAUCCUCCUCCCUACGCGGCCAUUGUAGGCGGGUCUGUCCGUAUGCUGGGUGCAGGUGUCCACACAAUAGACGGACUCACUUUGUCGUACGAUAUGAGUAAAGGUGCUGGCCAUACGUCAGCACUAGAAAUUGCAUGGGUUUGUACACCACUUGCUGUUGCCUCGUUCUACGACUUGCUUAAUGUCGACAUCGAUGAAGAGAUUCUCUUUCCUGAUGACCUAUCAACAAACCUUUGGUCUAAUCAUAGCUUUGUAAUGGACCGGAUCGAUGACUUGCUUCUUGCUGUGGACAACUUCACCUUCAUUACCUAUCUCAAUGGCAAUCCUCUAAAAGAAGAAUUCUGUAACUUUUCCCUGAGCCCAAAUUUCACAGAAGAAUUUAUCCGGUUUGACAGAGAUAUAACACGUUAUGGAUAUAUGUAUGCAGAUUUGGUGAACUUGAUAGACAUAAUCACAGAAAAAGUGGACUAUUUUCAAAAAUUUCUUACUUUCACCGAUUACUCUGUUUCUUCUCCUUCCAUGGCAACAAUUAAGACCGAGGUUCAAAACUGGCUCAACACAGUUCAAACUGAAUUCACGCAUUUGACAAGAUUACGAUAUAUCAUAAAUAGCAUACAAAUUUUAAUUCCGGAAAACAAUGGGGCAGACUAUUAUUAUAUUUGCCAAAAGAAAGAUUCGGAUUAUACAUCUUUAAUAGGGUUUUUGGUUGAGGCUCCUGUGCGAAUUCAAGCCCUUCCCCUCUCGGAUUGGAACACGCUGGCUUUGGAGGAUGAGCAACUGAGAAAUACUACCGAGAUCUACAUUCAACAACAAUCAUGUUCAGACUUCACAAAACAAUCUGAUGGUAAUGCUGGAUUAGGAAUAAGUGACGUAGAUGUUUUAAAUUCUGUAGGAUUCCUUAUUACAUUGAGAAUUAGUGCUAAUGAUUCUUAUAGCUAUUUUCAGCAAAGAAUCCAAGCCGUUCCAGGGGAUCCUCCAGCCAUCGACAUCAGUUGCCGCCUAAACUGCUUACCAAAGACUGCAAGUAGCUCAAUUCUGUCUCUACGUGCAAACUGUUUUUCCUGUGACUACAAUGAACUCAAAUUCAUCAGCUACUUUUGGAAUGUAUACGAGUUUAACACAGCUACCAAAGUUAAAACUGAACUCCAAAAUUGGAAAGCUGGAUUAGAGAGUGAACUGAACUCUCCUGCAUUUGUGCUCAGUCCGUACAUGCUGUCGCCAGAUAGCAGUUACAUCAUUGAACUUAAUAUCACUCUUUUUGGGAACUCUUCAAGUUUGACUCUUGUUUUAAUCAAAACCAACUUACCACCAUAUGGAGGAAAGUGGGAGAUCGCACCAGGCAAUGGGCGAGCAGGAGUGACACAAUUUAACUUUAAAUUUCAAGAUUGGAAAGAUGAAGGAUAUAGGAAAAAGCGGGAUUCUAAUCUAGACUGGAAGGAAUCUCUUUUCUACAGAAUUUUUGCCAAGAAGGGAACAGAUGAACCGACUCUCCUUUUUCACGGUGCUGAACGGAAAGUGGGUGUUUACUUGCCGGAGGGAAACUCCUCCAACCUCUUUAACCUUGAGAUUCUACUGAGGAUUUACGAUAUUUUUGGAGACUUUACUGAAAAUAGUGUUACUGUCAAAAGCCGUCCAUCCAUUACCAAUACGACCAUAAGUCAAGUGUCAUCGUUUGUGGACACAGUGGAUGACAACAUAGAUUCGGCCAUUGGUUCAGGGAAUCUGAAGCUGGUCACGAUGUCUGUAGAAAAUGCAGCUUCAACUAUCAAUGACUUGGAUUUUCCAACAUCAAGUUUACCUGAAGAUACUGGAAGUCUUGUGGUCCUGCCAACAUCUGACGACAAUGGGACAAGCUACAGUUGGGAUACACUCUGGGCCGACUACAUCGAUCCACCAUUGAACACAGCUAAGGAAAACUUAUCUAUUGUGACGGAGCAGUAUUCCUCCAUAUUACACACCACCACAGUAGCCGAGCAAGGGGCCGGUAUGGUUACCGUCAAGCAUCUGGCUCAAGGGGUCGGCUCUGUCAUUAUGGAUCGGUCUCUUAUCGAUGUGGAUGUUGUGAAUACAGCAGUGACUACAAAUGACCUGAUAUUGACAAUGUUUCAUAACACGACUAUUGGAGACAAGUACCCACUCUUUGCGGACUACGAGACUACAUCCGAAUCAAUUUUGCGCGUGGCAGACAAUGCUUUAAAUAGCAUCAUCACAACCCGGACCCCUAACAACCCCACAAGUACAGAUUUGUACGACAUUCAACAGACCAUUAUAGGGAACAACGACUUUGUCACCUCCAACCCAGACAGCUUGGAGGACAUGACACCAAUGGAGCGUGCUUUCCUCGUCUCUCAAAUAUCCAAGUCACAGGGGCUGAGUAAAAAUGAAUCUGAUGAAACGGCUUUAAAAUUUGUACCUGAAAUCCUUGCGUCAUUGUCAUCGCUGGGAAAAGUGUUGAAAGGCAUGGUCCACAUGAAGCAACUUCCGGUGUCCGUCAACAGACCUGGCUUAAGUACAAGUAUGACGACGCUGACAUUACCCGAACUUACGAAGAGUCCGUUAGUAAGAAACAACAUCACGAUGGAGUUUUCUGGGUCGCAGGAUCAAGGUGUUGACAACAACGACGUACAGAUCACCGUAUUUGAGAAGAAUCCUUUCACGUGGGAUCCAGAGGCGCAGUACAUAACCUCAAAUGUGCUGUCCAUGUCAAUUAAGGACUCAAACGAUGAAGAAGUCAACGUAUCGGUCAAGGUCAAAUUUCCGAACAAAGGAGACAACAAUCCUAAAACCGUUUAUCUAGCUUUCCCAGUAGAUGCAAAUGAAAGUGCAUCCCAAUUUAUCAGCUACAAAUUCUUCUGGCAGUUUCCUGCAGAUGACAUGGCGUUCAGGUUGGAUGGCGACACACACGGUAUGAAGUUUGUCGUGUAUCUGAAAGGCGGCAGUGGAGCGACACGUUCCUCCUACGACUGGCGGUAUGAAAUACAGGAUAGCGAUGUGUACGACAGUUUCCUUGUGGUCGUCGUUCCUGGAGGGAUGUUCAAGCAGCAGGUCACAGUGUAUUUCACCGUCACUGUAGACUCAGUUCCUGAUGGGAGCGCAUCAAGAACUCGUCGUAGCGCUGGUAACGCUACAGCGUCAUCAGACAAUAGCACAAUCCCAGCCACGCGAGUUUUACCAUAUGACCUGACAGUGUGGACUUCAGGGUGCCGAGUGUGGAACACCGCUGAAGCAAAAUGGGACAAAACGUCGUGUCAGAUGUCUGCCGACUCAACAGCGACGGAGACCGUGUGUAUCUGUAAUGACCCGCCAGGUCAACACUUUGCCACCUCAUUUUAUGUGCCACCAAACUCCAUCGACUUCAACUCGGUCUUCGGAAAGUUUGACAUUGUCAAUAAUGGUGCUGUGCUGGGAACUUUAGUCGGAGUGAUAGUUUUAUACAUCAUAAUGGCGGUAUGGGCAUGGCGACAAGACAGACGUGACCAUGAAAGGUGGGCGUUAUCAUAUUUGUCCGACAACGAGAAGGACGAUAAUUAUAUAUAUCUUGUUACUGUCCAUACGGGACUUGGAAGGAAUGCUGGGACCACGUCACAUGUUUACAUGGCUGUCACGAGUAACAGACGGAGUACUGGCAUCCGAGGUCUGGAUGACGGCACAAACAAAGGAUUCGGAACUGGAAGUGUACGGAAGUUCAUUAUGUGUGUACCUAAAUGCCUGGGCAGCCUGACCUGUCUGGACAUCUGGCAUGAUAACAGCGGAAAAGGAAGUGCUGCCUCGUGGCUCCUCAGCAAGGUCGAGAUUAUGGAUCUACAGUCAAUGGAAAGAUUCACCUUUAUUUGUAAUCGUUGGCUAUCCCUGGAUGAAGAGGAUGGGACAACACAGUGUGCUCUACCUGUAUCUGGCCGAGAAGACCUGGACUCGUUUGGGUAUCGAUUCAGAGACAACUCUAGACAUUCCACUAACCGAUGGCCACCUGUGGCUCUCCGUCUUCAUCAGGCCAGAAGACAGUAACUUCACAAGAUUACAGCGGCUCUCCUGUUGCUUAUCUCUGCUCUUCCUGGCCAUGAUCGCCAGCGCCAUGUUUUACAGAACGGACAGCGGACAAAACCAAGUGACCUUCGGACCGUUAAAGUUU